GCAUCACCAUACAGUACGAUACCGUGACAGACCGACUGCAGUCAGUCCAGCAACUGGGACAGCAGUGUGUCGUUCUUAAACUUCCAUUGACGGCAGAAAAACAGCUUUUUUGUGUGUGUGCUUUGACGUGACGUGAUGAGCGGCAGGGUUGGCGACCUCAGCCCGAAGCAGGCAGGGGCAUUGGAAGAGUUUCGAGAGAGGAUUCAGGAUGUUCUUCCACUACUUCCUGCUCAUCAUGACCACUUCCUGUUGCGCUGGCUCAGAGCCAGGAACUUCAAUGUCAACAAAUCAGAGGCCAUGCUGAGAAAGCACCUUGACUUCAGGAAACACAUGAACGCAGACACAAUCACCACAGAAUGGCAGCCUCCAGAGGUGAUAGAGAAGUACCUGUCAGGUGGGAUGUGUGGGUACGACCGUGAGGGAAGCCCCAUCUGGUGGGAUGUCAUCGGCCCCAUGGACCCCAAGGGCCUCUUCCUGUCAGCGUCUAAACAGGACUUCAUCAAGUCUAAGAUCAGAGACUGUGAGAUUCUGCAGAAGGAGUGUGAGCUGCAGUCUGAGAGGUUGGGGAGACAUGUUGAAGCCAUCACUAUGAUCUAUGACUGUGAUGGUCUGGGUCUCAAACAUUUAUGGAAGCCUGCCAUCGAGACUUACGGAGAGAUCCUGACCAUGUUUGAAGACAAUUACCCAGAGGGCCUCAAGAGACUGUUUGUCAUCAAAGCCCCUAAGCUCUUCCCUGUGGCUUACAACCUCAUCAAGCACUUCCUGAGUGAGAUCACUCGCAACAAGAUCAUCAUUCUGGGGGCGAACUGGCAGGAGGUGUUGUUGAACUACAUAGACCCAGAGCAGCUUCCUGCCGCGUAUGGAGGGAAACUCACCGACCCUGACGGGGACCCUCGCUGUAGGAACAAGAUCCACUACGCAGGACCGGUACCUGCUUCCUACUUCGUGAGGCAGUCCGUCAAGGUGGAUUAUGAACAGUGUCUGACAGUCAGCCGAGGCUCCUCACAGCAACUGGAGUAUGAGAUACUCUUCCCUGGCUGUGUGCUCCGGUGGCAGUUUUCCAGUGAUGGGGCAGACAUCGGCUUCGGGGUGUUUAUGAAGGGUAAGAUGGGGCAGAGGCAGAACGCAUCGCAGAUGCAGGAGGUGGUUCCCAGCCAGAGAUACAAUACCCACCUGGUGCCUGAGGACGGCUCUCUCACCUGCAGCGAGCCUGGGAUCUAUGUGCUGCGGUUUGACAACACCUACAGUAUCUUCCAGUCCAAACGCAUUAGCUUCACGGUCGAGGUCCUGCUCCCUGGCCAAUCGCAAUCUCUGAAGAAAAUGAUUGGGAUGGAAUCUGGGGCCAGCAACCAAUCACAGUCCCUGAAGAACAGGAGUCUGUCAGAAUCUGGGGCUAGCAGCCAAUCACAGUCUCUGAAAAAUAGGGGUGGGUCAGAAAGGGGGGCUAGUAGCCAAUCGCAGUCUCUGAAAAACAGAAGUGGGUCAGAAAGGGGGGCUAGCAGCCAAUCGCAGUCUCUGAAGAACAGGGGUGGGCCGGAAUCUGGGGCCAGCAGCCAAUCGUGACAGACGUUACUGAGUUGCUAAUCUCUUGUGGACAGAUGAAACGGGCGAGAAUCUGUCAAGGCUCACAUAGACUUAUGUGAUUACAAGCAGAAGUAGCUCCUCGUUUUGGGUUUACAUCAUUGAAUAUUUGGACAAAUUAGGAUUGGGUGAAGGCGGGGUUUAAACUGGUGCCGUGAUUUUCAAGCCUGUGUGCAGAUGAUAAACGGUUUCCACUAGAUUCCACAGCCACAAAGUCUAAAUCUAUUUGUUUUUUGCCAUGAUAAACACUGGUGAAAUUAGGUUUGGCUGAGAGUUUCCGUUUGGGAAGGAGGAGACUUCGUUUCCUUUGCACAUAAUUAAUCAGAAUUGUUAACGGCAAUCCCCCCAGCAGUAAAACAGGAUAUUAGAUAAUUUUACUUCUAAGUAACCAAGAUUAAUGAGUUGCUGGCCUGUCCUAGAUUAUAGUGUGUCCCAAAUGCCACCCUAUUCCAUGUAUAGUGCACUUUGGGACACAAGCCUGAGUCUUACCCCCCAACCAUGGUCAGUGAAUACUUGAAAGCACUGAAACAGACCCCACUGGUCCGCACUGAGGGAUUUCAUCUGACCAUGGACCGUUCCAUAUGCUGCUCAAACAAACAAAUGUAUGUAGCUCUGAUUCAGGGGGUUACAUGUGGCUUGCUGAUGCUGAGACUUCAACAUCAGCAAGCUGCACGUAACGCCCUGGAACAGAGCUAGGACGUACACUGAAGAGAAACCAAGAGUUCCACAACUCAGGGUCCCUAGAAUGUAGAUGUAUUCAAACACAAAUGUCAAUAACAACUGGCUUACUUGAACAGUAUGUUUAUGGAAGAGAUAUUUUAUCUCAUAGCCCGGGGAUAUCUACUAUAGAUGAAUGUCAUUGCAGGUUAUUGUUCAGGGCAUAUUAUAUUUGCAGUGCUGAAGCCACAGAGCAGGGCGUAUUAUUUUGCAGUGCUGAACAGGGCACAUAGCCACAGAGCAGGGCGUAUUAUUUUGCAGUGCUGAACAGGGCACAUAGCCACAGAGCAGGGCGUAUUAUUUUGCAGUGCUGAACAGGGCACAUAGCCACAGAGCGGGGCGUAUUAUUUUGCAGUGCUGAACAGGGCACAUAGCCACAGAGCAGGGCGUAUUAUUUUGCAGUGCUGAACAGGGCACAUAGCCACAGAGCAGGGCGUAUUAUUUUGCAGUGCUGAACAGGGCACAUAGCCACAGAGCAGGGCGUAUUAUUUUGCAGUGCUGAACAGGGCACAUAGCCACAGAGCAGGGCGUAUUAUUUUGCAGUGCUGAACAGGGCACAUAGCCACAGAGCAGGGCGUAUUAUUUUGCAGUGCUGAACAACCUUCUCAAAAUUCAAGGAAUAAGGAAAGACUUCAGAGAUUCAUUCUCUCUCUAUCUCUCUAAUUCAAAUAAUAAUAAUAAUCAAGAUUCUGCCCCUAGUUCUGCCCUGCAUACAUUGUUUGUAGUUUUCCUCUGACAAUGUAGGAUAAUGGUACAGAACUCUGCAUGCAGGGUUUCAAUUAGGUGUUUGUCCCAUUGGGUAAAAUCUUUGCAAGUGGAUCCCACACCUCGCUGCCAUAAAUUGCAAUUGGUUCAAUGACACCCAAUUAGUUUUAGCUAAUUGGUAUUUCAAUUUUAAUUGUUUUUUUAAUGGCGUAGAAUGCCCUGCAUGUUUUCUCUCUCAGUUCAUUCACUGACCCGCUAAGGUGUCCAGUUGAACUUAUUUUUAAACAUAAGUAAUUGUAACCUAAACCUAAGUAACCUCGCUCUCCCUCCUCCUCCUCUGUCUUCUUCUCUCUCCCUCCUCCUCCUCUGUCUUCUUCUCUCUCCCUCCUCCUCCUCUGUCUUCUUCUCCCUCUCCUCCUCCUCCUCUUUCUCCCUCUCCUCCUCUGUCUUCUUCUUCUUCUUCCUCCUCCUCCUCCUCCUUCUCCUCUGUCUUCUCCUCCUCCUCAGGCCAUUUUGAGUGUGUAUUUUCUUUUUGUCAUCAAACAUUUCUGUUGAACAUUUUAAAUCCAUACAUUGACAUACCAGUAAGUUUUAUUUUCAGGGAAAACAAAUAUAUAUAUAUAUUAGUUAAAUAUAUUAGUUAAAGAUAUUUAGUAUUGUUAAAGCAAGACCUGUGAGAAAGCUAAUAUCCACUGUACAAGGUAUUGUCUCGUUAAGCAUCAAUACACUACAACAGGGGUUUAUUUUCACAUGUAUUACUGUUUACAGAGAUAACUCAAUCUAUUUUAAAUAUACCAUCAGCUUGACUUUUUUUAUUUGAGGGACCUGGGAAAAUGUUGUUUUGAAGCUCAUUUCUGCAAUGUAGUUUAACAAGACUCAUGACAUCUUUCAGAUAGGCUAUUUACAUAUGAAUAAGAAUAAUAGAUAAGGAAGAUAAAGUCUAGACCCAAGUUCCCCAAAUGUUUCCAAAUAUGUUUUAUGGUAAUUUAUAUGAACCCUCAAUGUAAUUAUACAUAUUCUCUUUUAAAGAAAGUGAAUAGAUCAAUUGAUAGCAACAGAGUCACACAUUGUGUCAAAUUUCUAUGACUCCUCGGCAUUAGAAUGUCGUAGCUUAGCUUCUGAAUGUUAUAGAGACAAACCAAAGAUAUUAAUUCCCAUGUGCAUCAGAGUCGUGUCUUCCUCUGGCAUUUUACCGCUUGUUGCUAGCUUAAAGCGGUUUUUUUUACCACUCAAAUCAAGGAAGGUCCUGUGCCACCCUCCCACAAAACGUUGGCCCCUAUAGGGGGCGUGCCCCUAGGUUGGAAUCCCUGCACUAGAAUGACAUUCCAUGUUGUUGUAUAAUUUGAAGCAGCUUGUUGCUGUAUAUGGGCGAUUCUGCAACUACAGGCACUUUUGCUGGGGGUCACAGUUUCGCAUUUAGUUUAAUUUUAGCUUAAUUUAUUUGCACCAAAGAAGACAAGUGAUAAACACCCAUCCAGAUAACAAUGAAGCAGUGUGCAGGUGUGGUUGUCAGCCCAAGGACUGAUAUACAAAUCACCUAAAAAAAAACUAAUUACAAUACAUAAGUACCAAAAUAAAAACGUUUAGUUAAAACAGA